UUUUCACACCUCACCAUGCCAUGCUACUCGCUACUCGGCCGCAAAUUUCCCUUGCUCAAUGUUCAGAGGGCCCACCUGUCUGUCGGAGUUGUGGUUGGCCUAUUGACACUCGAUGCCUCUGCUAACAAGGCUGAAGCGGACGUGAUGCUACUGUACUUAACGCAAUUUGGAUAUAAAGCAGGAGCUGCUCCAGGCCUAUCAUCCUCCUCUCAGUUCUCACACGGGCUCUCUGUGAAGAUGAAGAGGCGCUGCUGCGCCAUGAAGAACCAGCUGCAGCUGGGGCUGCCUCUCGUGUUGGAGAUCCUGGUGUUGUUUGCCGCUCUUCUUGGCAGUGCGCAAUGCCAGAGCUCCCAGGGCGGCGAUGGUGGUGGUGGUGGCGCCGCCGCUAACCUCACGGUGGUGGGCGCCGUCUUCUGUGACGCCUGCUCCUCCAGUUCCUUCUCCAAAAGCAGCUACUUCUUGCCAGGUGUUAAAGUUCGACUGGACUGCAUGAUCAAAGUGAACUCGAAUUCCAAGGAGGAGAUCAAGAUCACGGCCGAGAAGGUGACCAACAGCUACGGCGCCUACCAGCUGGACAUCCCGGCGAUCGACGGCUUCGAGUGCGCCGCGCCCGGUGCGACCGCCGCGGAGUCCUUCUGCCGGGCGGCCGUGCUGGACAACCCGUCCGCGCUGUGCAACGUGCCGGCCGUGACCACCACCGUCGGCCACAUCUCCUUCCCGAGCCACGAGCCCAACGCCUGUUUCUACAGCCUCAACUCGCUCUACUACCGCCCCAGCAAGCGGGGCCCGGCUCAGUGCGACGGCGGUGGCGCCGGCGUGUCGCCUGCGGCGCUGAACACUUCGCUGUUCUACUGCCCGCCGUGGCCGUGGCCGCCUAUCCCAUUCUGCACGCCGCGGUCGUGGUUCCCGCCCAUUCCGUUCUUCACCCCGCCGCCUCCGGCGUUCCCGUUCCCGCUGCCGCCGAUCCCGUUCUUCACCCCGCCGUCGCCUCCACCACCGGCGUUCCCUUUCCCACUACCACCAUGGCCAUGGUCGCCACCGUCGCCUCCGCCGUCACCGUCAUUCCCGUUUCCUCAUCUGCCGCCGAUCUUUACAACACCAUCGCCUCCGCCACCGCCGCCGCCAGAAUUCCCGUUCCGUAUACCACCACUCCCACAGCUGCCUCCUCUCCCUCGCUUCCCACCACUACCAUCACUGUAUUCACCGCCACCUCCUCCACCUCCACCACCACCUCCGCCGCCGUCGUUCCCGUGGACAUUUCCGCCGUUACCUUUCUUCCCUCCUGGUUCUUCAGGGCCAUCUCCUCCACCUUUGAGUCGUUCUCGUAAAGAUCCAGGCACUUGGUCUCCUUCCAAUAAACAACCAUAAAUAAAGUAAAUAAUAGUUGCCUCCUGGGAAGGAUAAUGUGCAAUGCAAAACUCUGUGUUACAUGGAUUUUUUUUUUCUUUUUUACAUCUCCUGAGCUGUAUGAACACGAAUGUAAGUUUCUGCCUGCGCCCAAUACGUAUAUGUAUACAUAAAAUUUCUAGGUUCUAAACAUAGGACUUUAUGCAAUGCAAUGCAAACUCGCCGUAGCUUAUUCAGUUGUUGUUUAUUUAUUCUUUUUUUAGGACUUGUUCAGUUGUUCUAUUUUUGGCAGUGUGCAAUCAGGACUCCAAUGCAAACUCAAAACAGAUUUGGAAGCCUUCAACUGGUUGAUUA